AUGGAGUUCACAUCGGUUAUCGCAUUCCUUGCUCUGUCUGCUGCCGCUCUGGUUGCUUUGCCAGUAGCGGCGAACACACCCGUCCAGCUCUACCACCGUGCGGCCUGCAACAGUCACGAAAACGGCGUUCUCGACGAGCUCACGCGGACCCGGAACGUGCUCCGCCAGCUGGAGGACCAGUACUACCACGUGGCCCGGAACCCGCUACUAGGGCCGAAUUUCAAUCGUGCCAAGGAAAGCCUCCACAUCAUCAUCGUCGAGACCAAAGACGAGGUCGGUGACCCUAUCCCCAAGCGGAGCUCAGGCCCUGCGCUCAAAAAAUGGAGCCAAAGUCGAUUUCCAACAUAUGUCACAACAGUUGAUAACUGGGUUGGAGAGCAACUGCAUGACCUACCCGGGACCCCGGCUCGCGCAGGUCUUGGGGCAUUGGAGCAGUAA